AUGGCUUCAGAGCUGGAGCUCCACUUGGUGCAAGACGUCCAGCUGACCAACUGCAUGAGGCUCCGGGAGCAGAGCCUCCAGCAGAAGGACGAGAAGCCCCAGGACGGCGAGAAGCUGCUGCGGCCCAACGAGUACGUCUACCGGGUGGACUUCUCCCGCCAGCACGGCCUCCGCUUCGUGCGCUGGAACGUCGUGCUGGAGAAACCGGGGAAGGUGGACGUCAUCGGGACCUCUCAGCACUGGACGCCCGACCUCACCAAUCUCAUGAGGCGGCAGCUGCUGGAGCCCGCGGGGGUCUUCUGGAAAAAUCCGGACACCCAGGAGGUGGAAUGCAACGAGGCCGACGCUCUGGAAUUUGGAGAGAGGCUGGUCGAGUUGGCCAAGAUCCGGAAGGUGAUGUAUUUCCUCUUGGCCUACCACGACGGCCUCAAACCGGCCCACGUCAAGUGCUCCGUGGUCUUCAAAGUCUGAGUUUU